AUGAAGAACUUCUUUUGGAAAUUUCCCCUUCUUCUCAUUCUGUCGACGAAAGGAAGCAGCUGCAGCCAAGGUUCUCUCCAAGAUAGUGAAUACCCAAUUUUCAUUAGCAACAUACUGAUAAACAACGUACCUUUUACGUUUCAUAAAGAUCGAUAUAAUUACGAAUUAGAAGGGAGUGAACACCUAAACGAAAUUAUACUAAGUCCACUAUUAAAUGUUUGGGAAUAUUACAUAUAUAAAAAGACCUCCCCAGAAGACGAACUUAUCUUUAAUGAAAACUCAUCGGAAUAUUUAGACAAUGAACAAAGUAUUGUUCUGGAUUAUUUUUAUCUAAAAACGUACCACAUAUAUGUUAACAACAAGAAGGUGCAUUUAACUGAUUUACCAUACAGGAUCCACUUCCAAGGUGCGGGACAAGAGGAAAUAACCAUUUGGUAUGAAAGCCAAAAGACGUAUAAAAUUAAAAUAAAAAAUAAUAACGAGUAUUCCAAUUUCUAUCUAAACGAUGUCAAUCUAAGUAGUCAGUCAUUCUCUACAAAUUUAUUACUUGACACAGAAUUCAAAAGUUACAUUUAUUUUUAUACUACCUCUGUUGCUCAAAAUGUUGAAGGACUAAACAUUCAGGCGAACUGCCAUAACAGCCAAAUGUACAUAAACAAUAAUUUACAUAAAAAAGAUGCCUUCUUUUUCUCGUUGAAUAAAAACACGUAUAACAAUGUUCUGGUGAUCGAGUGUAGACAGGAAAGGCUACUCGAUAAAGAACAACCCCUCGGGAAAAAAGAAAAUAUAAUUUCGGAAAAUUUUAUCAAACGCAAGUUUCAAGAAAACGUACUGCAUAACAGACAAAAGGGGGAAAAAAAAGUUGGCUUCUUAGACCAAAUGAAAGCCAACUACCACAAGCUCGUUAGUAAUCCAAGCUCACUUAAAAAAGACGAUAAAAAUAUAUCUACGUAUCAAUCCAACUGGCGCAAGAGGGUAACGACCCUUUUGGGUGAGUCAAAUUAUAACCCCCUUGAAAAAAAAAAAAAAAUGAUUAAAAAAAUAAUCAGGAAAUUCUACUUUUUUAAUAUCUAUUAUCAUGUACAUAUAAAUGUACCAAAUUAUAUAUACAACCUCUCUGAUGGAAAUGUGUGCCCUUUUGAUGGAAGAGGAGGAGUCGAGCCCAUUGGGGAAUACCUCUGCAAUAACUCUCAAAAAAACAUCUCCUUCUACGUAGAUAUCAGUAACAAAUUAUUUGCCUUCAUAAAGGUAGACAAUAAAAAAAGGACACACAGAUUUAUUGAUAAAAUUUUAAAUACACCUAUACAAUAUUCAGAAAAUGUAUAUCUCUUUCUAGAAACGUAUUACGAUAAGAAGGUUGUAAAAAUUAAGUUUAAAAGGGGUACAUCCUUCUUUUCCUUUUCAAUGCUAUUCAUCCUACCUCUCAUGGCUAUUUUCGCAUUUCUUUUGGCCCUCUUUUGGUGCAAAUUUUGUCACUUUCCAAAGGGAAGAAAAUACGCAGUCUGA